ACGCAAUUUCCGGUUUAAACAGUCACGCGUCCGUCAACAAGCACGAGUAGGGCUCCGAGAAUCAAGGCAAAGGGCCAGCAUAAUACUAAGGAAACCUCAGCCAUAAAAUCACAAUCAGGUGAGGAUAGAGUAUAAAACCUUUACAGACCACGCCGAGAUGUUUAAACUCGAGGGGUUAGAGCCGAAAAUGGACCCAGAGGAGAUGAAGAAAAAGAUGCGACAGGAUGUAAUCUCGUCCGUGCGCAAUUUUCUAAUCUAUAUUGCCCUUCUCAGAGCCACUCCGUAUAUCUUGAAGAAGUUGGACAGCAUUUGAGACCAUCUGCCUCCAGUAUUCCCACUUGGGCAGUUUAAUGCAACAAGGUCGAUGGACAUCACCAUAACAGGGGAACAAUUAACAAAGCGGCGAGCUAAACACCAUCAUACGGAUCCUAUAUGGAAGACUUCUUUAUAGGCUACAGUGAAGACAUUACGUUGUGUCCUCCCAUUGCACUUGAACAUUAAGAUGUAAUUUGUAGUCAUCGAUGUGUCAUCUUAUUUUUCAUGGUUACCUUUUAUGUUAGUGCUCAAUAAGAGAACAUCUGAUUUUGUUUUGAGUGUUUUGGCGAUCUUUUCCAUGGUCCCUCAAUGAGAGUGUUGUGUAAUUGGACAUGUGAAUUUUGUUGGUCAUCACAUGCAAUAAAGAGAAGACAUGUUUAAAUAUU